GCAGGGCCUACGGUUGCUAGGGCCGCGCUGUUGCUAAGGCCUCGGAGAGCACGGUGGCGGCAGCCCCUGUACUCGCCAGCCCCGGUCUCGCAGCCUUCCCUCGGGCCCCGGGGCGAUGGUCAAGCUCGCUGCCAAGUGCCUCCUGGCAGGAGAUGCAGCUGUGGGGAAGAGUGCUUUAGCCCAGAUGUUUUGCAAUGAUGGGGCUCAUUUUCAGAAGAACUACACACUGACAACAGGCAUAGAACUGUUGGUGAAGGCUGUAUCAGUUCCAGAGACAAGUGAUAGUGUGGAAUUCUUCAUUUUUGACUCUGCAGGAAAAGAUCUAUUUUCUGAAAUGCUGGAGAAACUGUGGGAGCAACCCAAUGUCCUGUGCCUUGUGUAUGAUGUCACCAAUGAGCAAUCUUUCAAAAACUGUGCCAAGUGGUUGGAGAAGCUGAAGGCUCAGGCAGUCGGACUGCACAUCCCAGGUGUCUUAGUAGGGAAUAAAACAGACCUGGUUGGUCGUCGAGUUGUGGAACAGAAACAAGCACAGGAGUGGGCUGAGAAACAUGGCCUGGAAUACUGUGAGGUGUCAGUGAAGGAGAUGAAAAAUUUUGAGGCCCCUUUCCACAUCCUGGCAAAGUCAUUCUACCAACUAUACAAAGAGAAAGUGGAAACUUUUCACUCACUAGCUUGAGGGCCAUGACUGGGAUGACUUAUUUGUCCUCUAAGCUUCUUUUAGUACCCAAAAUCCUGCAGGAUGGAAUACAAAGAGAAGAAAAAAGAUGAACUAUUUGCUUCUUCAUGGUCAUCUUCUGGUAAUUCAAAAAAAAACUAGAAGUAAGCAAGUGGAAAUGCAGUCUUCUGAAGUUGCUACUCAGCAUUCCUUUCCUGACCUCUAACUUGGUUCUCUGUUCACUUGAAAUUCUGCUAGGGUGGAGGAGGUGGAGAGUAGAAGGGGGAGGGCAGAAUGGAAAUUGCCAGCUCUUUGCUUUGAUAUUGUCUUGUUUGGUGUCUGAACAGACUUCCUGCUGCUACAGGCAUGGAUUUAGAGAUUUGGAGAAGCAGAGGAAACUGACAGGAUGCUUUUUAGGUUAAGCAACUCAGCCUUGAUACAUAUUCUGCAAGGCAGGACUGGUUUGGCCCUGUGGCUUGAAAAGCCUGUGCCCUAAAAUCAACACAUGGAGACUGAGAUGUGUAGGGACUGAGCUGGAUUUCGGAGUGCCUGGAGUUUGAGGCCUGUUAUAACAGUGUUACGUGUGUUACUGGCUUCUAAAAUCUGGUUCUUUGGUUCUUUUCUUCAGCGUGGUUCACUGUCACUGCCUGCUAGGAGCUGUCUUGCAUCUGUACUGCUGUCACUUGGUGACGCAGUGCCCUCUGCUGGUUCCAGGUCACAAGAUUUCUCAAGAAGCUCUCUGGAAGCAAGCAGGACUUCCUGCAGGCAGAUCCAAAUUGGCUUAGCUGCAAAAUGGGGUCAGAGAGCAAGAAUACCUCUUUUAUUCUAAAGUCCAAAUUUUAAAAUAAAUUAUAUUUUCUUCU